AUGGCUCGGAGAGACAGACCACCGCGGACAACUCAAGACAGGGUCUUGAAAAUAAGCCACUACAAAAUCCCACUCGCCCAGAUCUUUGCACCGUUACUUGAGAUGGAGAAAGAAAAGGAAAAGCAGCGUUCUACGCUUAAUCUGACUACCCUCAACGAAGAUGUUCUGCUAGAAAUACUUGAAGAAUUAUCUCCGCUCGAUGCAUUCAACCUUUCUCUGACCUCCCGCUUGCUCUACCCGAUCGCCAGAUGCCGUGCUCUCUCUGCCAUAGAGCUUCGCACGCAACAGCAGCUGGUAUCAUUCUGCGACUUCAUGCUCGAUGACAUUGACAGCAGGUUGUAUUGGCUCCGUAGACUUUGUGUUCGUCUGCGCCACCAUGCGUUGCCUGAGUCUUUGCUGUCGCCACCCAUGCAACGCCUCGCUUCACUCCUAAAGCGCGCCACAGGCCUCAGACAUCUGGAAAUUGACUGCCUUGAUCUUGCCAUAGAUAUCGAGCCUUAUGUGGGCCGUACGCUCGAAGCACUUUCUGGCCUUGUCUCCCUGAAGCUUCUCAACGUCAGUCAGCACUCGCUCGGUGUUCUCAGCCGGUUACAAGCCCGCGUUCAACGACUGAGCGUCCACAUGGCAUUCGGUGCCGACGGUGACAGUCUGCUCCCUACCAUCUCCAGGUUUACAGCUUGUGAAUCCCUCUCUCUCGAGCGUGUAUUCAUCGAGUCUAUCUCUUCCUCCGCCUUUCCUGCUGUGCGAGAACUGUCGCUAUGCGGAUGCUAUGUCCCUCUCUCCACUCUCCGUGCAUUCUCGCACCUCCGUGUGCUCCGCCUCGAACAACAUAUCCGUUGCCCUGAUCCACUUGUGUCUUCCGCACCGUGCUGGUCGCAUCUGGACUACCUCGAGGCGCACACAGACUUCGCACGCCACUGGCGCCUCGGUUGUCCUAUUUCGCACGUAUCGCUCGCAUCUGUGAUGGGAAGCCCAGCACGUGUGCUGCGCGCGCGACGUGUCCCGAGUACACCGGAGUCGGUAGUACUCCUUCGCCUCGUGAGAGACUCGCGGCCUAUAGUGCUCGACUUUCGCAUCAUGGUGGGCGAGCAGUUGUGCGAUGAUUUCUGGCAGAAGAUGAUCCGAUACAUGCCGAAACUGAGGAGCCUCGAGAUUGAGUUAUGCUCAUUUGAAGGGCAGGAUAACCUGCUAACGCACGUGCUAUGGCUGGAUGCAAUGGCGGAGCAACUGCGCUCUCUCCGCUCACUUAUGUACAUUGGGGUAUGCAUCAAUUCAUCGAUUGUGCGCCACAAUCACGAAGGCACCAAGGUACCCAUGCCGAAGGACUGCGAGACCGCACGCAGCCUUGCAGCGAAAUUGGCUGCAGUGAUGCCUUCUUUGAAGUGCGUACUGUUUGGGUUCGGCUCGCGCGCCCAAGAUGCGGGGCGCUACGCCCAUCUCUUCCGGGGUGACUUCUCGUGGUGGAAAGUACUCCGGGUACGGGGUAUGUCAGGCUCGCUUGUCCCUCUGUCUCCUCAGCGAGGCGAGAAGGUCAGAGCACUGCUGCGCUCUCCUCCAUAUGAGGAACCUGUAAGCAUUAACGAUGAUCAGCUUGAGAAGGUUAACCUCACGCGAUGCAGUAUCUUGUACCCAUGA